AUGCAGGCUCAGCAAGUAUCGCGAAUGCAAGAGUAUCCAUACGAUCCGACAUUUGCCGAAUACGGCACUGAGGACCCGUCAAAAUACAACAAGGGCGGCUUCCAUCCAGUCCACCUCGGAGACAUUCUGGAUGGCCGGUUUGAAGUUGUUCACAAGCUGGGGAACGGAGGCUAUGGCAGCGUAUGGCUAUGUUGGGAUCAAAAGCUCUCCAGAUGGAGUGCCGUAAAAGUCCUCGCAGCGCUGCCAUCAACCAGUGGCGGUGACACGAAGGUCUUGAUUCAUCUAAGGAAGACUUCUUCUCUUAAGGAGAUAGAAGCGAAUCACAUAGCAUUACCAUUGGAAGAUUUCUGGAUUGAUGGUCCCAACGGCAUACAUCUAUGUUUUAUUAUGCCUGUUCUCGGACCGUCAGUAGACAUCUGGCGUGGUUCACUCAAUCGACUAGCCCCAGAGACCGGUACAAGGUCCAGGGUCGUUUGCAAACAGAUCGCAGAAGCUAUUCGCUUCCUCCACGAGAAAGGCAUAUGCCAUAAUGACCUCAAACCGGCCAACAUCUUGAUGAAGCUUAAUCAGGAAGUGUUGAAUAAACUUAGCAAAAAUGAGGUACUUGAGAUAUUGGGAGAGCCCGACAAAAUCGAAGUUGAGACCGUGUCUGGUGUCGAUCCUCGACCUAUAGCUCCAGAGUACUGCGUAGCGCCCAGUUCUUUCCACGGACGAAACAAUCUAAUUACAGAUGACAUAGCGCUUAUCGAUUUCGGGGAAUCCUUUUUAAUUGAUACAUUGAAGGAAGGAAGUGGUAUACCUCUUGCCUAUGCCGCCCCUGAGAUAUUAUUCAACCAAAACCCAGGCCUAAGCACCGACAUCUGGUCGUUGGCGUGCACUAUAUACCAGGUGAGGAGUGACGAGGUAUUGCUCGGCAACAGUUAUAUCUCUGGGGCACUCUUCACACAAAUCGUCCAUUCAAUCGAGCUGUUACUGGGCCCAUUGCCUGAGGUAUAUCGAGGCGUGUGGAAUAGGCUGCCUAGUAGUCGCCGCAGGGAUAGCUCCCCUGAAGACGACAAUGGACCUGCGACAUGUUCUGCAAAGACGCUAAGAAUUCACCAAGAAGAAAUCAAAUCAGAAAAGGGUUAUCCCCAGAUGUUCUCGGCCACUGUAGGGCAGCAAAGAGCGACCGUAGUUGGAAAGACAGAUGAUACUGAGGAGAUCACAUCAGAAUGGACAUAUUCACGAGGAGAGUCACUGAGUCUGGGAGAUCUUCUACAGAAGAUGCUCAAGUAUUCACCAGAUGAGAGAUUGAGUGUGGUUGCGGUUUGUUUGCAUCCGUGGAUCACGGGCGAGGCAUAUUUUGAAGAGACUAUGGGAAGCGCGCCAUUGGAUAUUCCGAGAAGUCAAAGAAUUCAUCGGCUAAUUAAAGGUCUUCUGAGGUCGAUGCACAAAACACAUAGCAUACUGUGGUCCUACCAGUUUUAA